AUGGCGGGCUUCGCUGCAGCUGGAGUUCUACCGGCGAGAGAAGUGGCAGCAUGCUCUACUGCAACCGUCUAUGGCACCGUGUUCGCGACCGUCUACGUUCAUGAUGUUGUCACCAUCACCCACACCAUUACCAAUCCGCCUCCGACCGUAACGAUCGUUGAGCAAGAUCCAGGGUCGAAGUUGAGCUUCAUCGCCUCGUACGACACUGAAAGCGUCAUCGAACAGAGCCAACUCUUGCCCGUUUCUGCUCACCCAGAUCCCAAGCCCACCGUCGUCACUGAAAUGGUCCAGGUUCCGGGAUUCGAGGCCACUGAGAUCUCGUACCGUGGAAAGACUGGCACUGUUUUCUACAUACACGGGACUGGAGGCAGUGUCGAGCCCACAAGCCCCAUUAUAGUCGAAGUCACCACCUUCACUAUCCUGCCGACCUUCGCGACUAGACCGCCGAGUGUAGCAAAUCAGGCCAAGGCUGCAGCCACCUCGAAUUCUACCUUGCACAUGGCAUUUACAAGCUCUUCAAAUGGUUGGAAUUACACAAACUCGAAUUCAUCAAUGUGGCCGGCUGCUUCUGGCCAUGGUGGAGCUGUCCCAACUGAAGAAGCUACUUCGACGGUCACUGUCACGAACACAGUAGCCACGGUCACACGAGUGGUGGCUAGCACCGCAGUCGCAUCAUACGGACACGGGCCAGAGCCAUAUGGCUACCCACCACCAGAUACAGCCCACCCUGUCGAGAAAAGACAAACAUGUUUGUGGGUAAGUGCAACCAUUGGCGGUCAGGAGGUCGGUUGGUGCAACAAUUGGGAUGGUGCUGCAACUUUUUCCUACACGUCUUGGGAGACGACCAUAUUCCCAACCUAUGUUCCAGGAGUUGGCCCGGUUGACACUUCAACAUCAUCCUCGCCGCCAACAACUUCGCUGCCGAGCAGCGUAAGACCAUCUACUACGCAUGGUAGCUCUUCAUCAAAGCCAGCCUCAGUUACUGUUUCGCCAGUACCAACCACAGCAGUACCAGCUCCGGCUACCUGUGGACAGACUGGUCCAUUCAUCAUUUCGUUCGAUGACCUUCCAGUCUUAUCAGUGUUCAACAAUAAUACCGCUGGAUUUCCAGAAAUCUUCAAUCCCUAUGAGCAUUUCUUCUGGGGCGAUGGCUGGACUUAUGUUCCUCCGCCAACAGAACCUUUCUCACCACAUGAUGGCACUCGACUAGCUCAAUUCAUUCCGUCAUUGGCAAACAAGGAUAUAGGGUCUCCCAGUGCUGGCUUGAUACCUCCUAGCUCCUUUGGUGCUGGUCCUCGAGCAGCUGACUCUGCGUACUGGUUCAGUGCGGCAACCGCUUGGGUGGCAUGCGAUACGGCCAAUGUGACUUGUGAUUUUGUUGCUACGGCGUAUCAAUGGGAUAUCGCGACACAGAGCGAGGUAGUCGUCGCAACUCAGCACUUUAACGUCCCACCUUGUCACGGGUUUGUCGAUUGUCGCCUGACUGAGAUUCGCUUCAACUAUCUCUUCUAUAAGAUGACUACUCUGUCGUUUUAUGCCAAUGUUGAAGGCAAGAUCAGUAUCUUCUGGCUUGACAGCCUAUCUCUCGACUGGUAUGACAACUCUUGCGAGGCUGGACUCAAACGCAUUUCAUCUCGCAAGCGUUGA